UCCUUCUCCUGCACGUCGAGCCGGAGCCCCGGUUACCCGUUAGGUUUUCAGCGACAUGCAGUAAAGGGUUAGUCCCCAAUUUCAUUACCAACUCCACUGUUUUCAUUACCAUCAGCAGUACAGAAUUUCACCGGUCAAUACAACAUCUCCUUAUGUCGACGGCUCCUAAGUAUACUGAGUCAACUAACAAAUUUUGAGAAUUGUACUUUUUUGUGUAUUAACAAUAAUUAAAACAUUUUCUAUUUACCCGGAAAAGAAAAAAUAAAAAAACUUUGUAAAUAACUAAAAUAAAAUAGUGUAUACUCGAUCAACUAUAGUGAUUUAAUUAUUUUACACUGUAAACUGAGUCGAGUGUUUGCUACCAAUGUACGCGGGACGUGAAUGCGCUCAUUUUGGUGUAAGUUCAAACUGAAUCAGUAUACGGCGAAACAGCGGGGUGUGCGGACGUAAUUGUUUGCUUUUUGUUAUCAAAAAAUAGUUGCUUUUCUUGUGUUCUUUUUAUUUAAAUUUACAGUCAUAUUUGUAAAGAAAGUGGUGAUGAGUACUAGGUCUCGAAAAAUCAUUAAUUUAGUGGAUGAAAAAUACGAUAAUUAUGAUGUUAAUAAAGAAAAUACUUCUGAAGCUUGUGAUAAUGUUCAAAAUGAAGUGAAAAGAGAUUCUCCAUUGCCUUCAGGUGCUAAUUUUAUUCAAGAAGAAUUAUCAAUAUUAGAUGAUAUUGAUUUGGAAGAUACCGAUAUCUUACUACAAAAUCUGCCAUCAAACUCUUCUAUUUUUCCGAAUGAUAUUCCUGAAUUUUCACCGACUCCUGACAAUAAGCACUACACUGAAGAACCUUAUAAUGAAACUGGGACCUUGCUACCUACUAAUUCUUCACCGUCAUCAAUCAUUGCAGAUUCUCAACCAAACACAAACUAUUUUUUAUAA